AUGGUUCUUCUGGACUUUCUUUCAUUUCCUGUGCUAGUUCCUUCUCUGUGAUAUUUUUUAAGUUCCUUUGUCACGUUGGAGCCUUUCUUCAUAAGCCUCGUGACCCUCUGCUCUCCGGUUGUAUUUAGAAGUGAAACACUAAAACUCCGAUGUCAGUGUCUUCCUGUGCAUGUGAGCAGGGCUCGCGGAGGAAGCCCUGGUCUGGGAGGCCUCAUGAUGAACUUUUCGGUGGGGAAACCUCCCUUGUCUGUACCCAGAGGUCUCUUCUCUGGGAUUUCAGGGAAGGAGAAGUGUCGUGUACAAGCUGCCUCCUGGUCAUCGGAGUAUAGGAUGGGAGGAGGGCAGUCCAGCUUCAACACUAAACUCUUCAGCUUGCCCCUUCCCAAGUGUCCAGCAGAGCGAUUUCCUCUUCCAGGCAUCCCAAUGUCCGUGUCAGGGCGGCCAGCCCUGUCCACCCUGCUGCUGGCCGUGGCCAUGUCUUAUUUCUGCUCGGCCACAUCCGGAGACGAAGCACGAAACCGGCUGUUGAUGAGAGAGAAGAUGAUGCGGAUCGGGGGGCAGCUGGUGCUGAAGCAGGAGGAGGAGCUGGCCAACCAGAGGCUCGGGGCCCUCAAGGAGGCUGAGAUUCUGGAGGCCCUGAGGGCGGGGAGCAUCCCACCCAGCAUGCACUUCUUCCAAGCCAAGAGCCUCAUUGAGAAAAGUGCAGUGUUCAACAUCCUGAAGAAGAUGCCAAAAGGGGCUGCCUUACACAUCCACGACUUCAGCAUCGUCAGCAUGGACUGGCUGGUGAGAAACGUCACCUACAGGCCCCACUGCUAUUUCUGCCUCACCCCGAGGGGGACCCCGCAGUUCAGAUUUGCUCACCCGACUCCCCCCACCCUGAACACAACAGAAUGUCCCGCGUGGGUUUUGCUGGAGAAGUUUCGAAAGGGGCUGCCGAACGUCACCGAGUUUGACCACAGCCUGCUGAGGAAUUUCACUCUGAUGACUGAGAACCCCCAGGCGACUUAUGCAAACCAAGACAUGGUCUGGGCCAAGUUCGAGACCAUCUUCUUCGCGAUCGCGGGCCUCGUGAACUACGCCCCGGUAUUCCGAGACUACAUCUCCCAGGGCCUGGAGGAGUUCUACCAGGACAACGUGCUCUACCUGGAGCUCAGAACCAUGCUGUACCCGGUGUAUGAACUGAACGGGACGGUCUACAGCCCAGAGUGGUCGGUGAGGUUGUACGAAGAAGUGGCUCAUAAUUUUGCAAAAGAGCAUCCUGGGUUUAUUGGAAUCAAACUCAUUUAUUCGGAUCACAGGUCCAAAGAUGCGUCCACCAUCACGAAAUCCAUCCAGACAGCCAUGGAACUUCGAGCCAAGUUCCCCGGGAUGGUGGCGGGGUUUGACCUGGUGGGGCGAGAGGACACGGGCCACUCCCUGUAUGACUACAAGGAGGUUUUGAUGAUUCCAGCCUCGCUGGGCAUUAAGCUGCCUUACUUCUUCCACGCCGGAGAGACAGACUGGCAGGGUACUUCCGCAGACAGAAACGUUCUGGAUGCCCUGAUACUGAACUCGACCAGGAUUGGCCACGGGUUUGCUUUGAGCAAACACCCGGCCGUCUGGGCUGAGGCUUGGAAGAAGGACAUCCCCGUCGAGGUCUGUCCCAUCUCCAACCAGGUUCUGAAGCUGGUGUCUGACCUAAGAAACCACCCUGCAGCUGUGCUGAUGGCCACCGGGUACCCCAUGGUCAUCAGCUCUGAUGACCCCGCUACUUUUGGAGCCAAAGGCUUGUCCUAUGAUUUCUACGAGGUCUUCAUGGGCAUCGGGGGGAUGACGGCUGACCUGAGGACACUCAAACAGCUGGCCAUGAACUCCAUCAGGUACAGCACCCUGUCGGAGCCGGAGAAGCAGUUGGCCAUGGCGACCUGGGAGGAGAGGUGGCAGAAGUUUGUGGCCCAGCUGGCAAGGGGCCCCAAGUGA